AUGCUCAACGAAACGAUCGACGUUGAUAAACCGUUGGAUCUGUCGCUUUUUCAAACAUCUGUCCUGCCCGGCACGACACUUACUGGCGGCGAACCUCCAAAGACAGGUGGCUCAACCGGGACAUACUUUUACGACCACGAAAUGCUAUAUCCAUAUGCAGCCAUGAUUGGGCCAGAAGCGGACGACAUCUACAAUGAAAUUUGGGGAUUCAAUACCUCAACGGACGAAUGGAGUCUGAUCGAAGUAGAAGGCGGUAGAAUAAGCUACGCAUCCAACAGCGAUGGUGUGUUUGCAGUGGAUGUAAAGAACGGAGUGUCUUUCUAUACAGGUGGCUGGCUCAUGGCAUCCGAGAAUAGCACCAAUGGAACUAUAAAGUUCCAAUCGGAGAACUCACUUAAUCCACAAUGGAGCUUCAUGACGGCACAGGAGGGUUUAUCUGGCCCACACAUCUUACAAGGCGUCAUGUCCUACGUAAGGAAAGGAGAUUCAGGAAUCCUUGUGGCUUUCGGAGGAUACGACACAGAAUACAAAGGAAGUCAAUUCAAAUCAGGCUGGGACUGGGACCAGCGAGAUAUGAGCGAUAUUUGGGUUUACGACAUUUUUUCGAACAUGUGGUACCGACAACAAGCCACAGGCGAUAUCCCUCCCAAACGCUCUGAAUUCUGCGCUGUUGUUUCAUCUGCACCGGACGACUCGAGUUUCCAAAUUACUAUCUAUGGGGGCUGGGACCUGGCGGAAGAUCAAGCAUAUGACGACAUUUACGUGCUUAGUAUCCCAUCAUUCCGCUGGAUACGGGUCAAUGGGUCAGAUCCAAAGACCAGCCCUGGACGCCACCGGCACAAAUGCGAUAUGUGGAACGAUGCGCAAAUGAUCGUCUCAGGUGGCCGCGUUAACCUUGGGGUUGGAAAUGAGACGACGGUUUUAAACGACAAAUGCAACUCGACAUAUCCCCCUUUCAAGGUGCUAGACACUUCCACAUAUACCUGGCGGACACAAUUCGAGCCGAAGAUAGAAUACUCUGUCCCGGACGUAGUAGCGACUAUCAUUGGGGGAAGCUCCACAGGGGGUGCGACGCUGAACACGCCAAAGAAUGGUUGGAAUUACAGCGAUCUCGCUUCUGUAUUUUCUAAGACAGUGGAGAGAGACACGUACACCUACAACCCUGAUGCUUCCACCACAACGGAAGCCAGUAGUUCCAACCCCCUCUCCGGUGGAAAGAUUGCAGGCAUUGUCGUUGCAGUUGUCGUCGCGGUAUUGUUUGUAGCAGGAGCCGCAGUGUAUUUCUGGAUCAUCAGGAGAAGGAAAAAACGGCAGUUGGAAGCCGACGCCAGGGAAGCUCGGUUUAGGGAAGCCCGGUUAGCGGAAAAGCCGGAACUGGAUUCCAAAGAGAAGGGGCGCUCGGAGCUGUCUCCUGAAAGUGCAAUUUUUGAGGCAGAGAUGGGAAAAGAAAAACCAGCAGAGCUGGACGAAUUGAAAGAAAAACAAGAGCCAGUGGAACUGCCAGCAAACUCACCAACUCCAGAGCUCCCGGGAUAG